GCAUUUGAAGAGGCUCAAUGCCCCCAAGCAUUGGAUGCUUGACAAACUUGGUGGUGCCUUCGCCCCAAAGCCGUCUUCUGGACCUCACAAGUCGAGAGAGUGUCUUCCUCUUGUUCUGAUUAUCAGGAACAGGUUGAAGUAUGCUUUGACAUACCGUGAAGUCAUCUCUAUCCUGAUGCAAAGGCACAUCCAAGUUGAUGGUAAAGUGAGAACUGAUAAGACAUACCCUGCUGGUUUUAUGGAUGUUGUAUCGAUCCCCAAGACGAAUGAGAACUUCCGUCUUCUCUAUGACACGAAGGGACGUUUCCGUCUCCACUCCAUCAGAGAUGAGGAAGCAAAGUUCAAGCUUUGCAAGGUUAGGACUAUCCAGUUUGGGCAGAAGGGAAUCCCUUACCUCAACACUUACGAUGGUCGCACCAUCCGUUACCCUGACCCAUUCAUCAAGCCAAACGACACCAUCAAGCUUGACCUUGAGGAGAACAAGAUUGUUGAGUUCAUCAAGUUUGAUGUUGGUAAUGUUGUGAUGGUGACGGGAGGUAGAAACAGAGGCCGUGUUGGUGUGAUUAAGAACCGUGAGAAGCAUAAGGGAAGCUUUGAGACGAUCCAUAUCCAAGACUCGACAGGACACGAGUUUGCCACUAGGUUGGGCAACGUGUUCACCCUCGGGAAAGGUACUAAGCCAUGGGUGUCUCUUCCAAAGGGCAAAGGUAUUAAGCUUACCAUCAUUGAGGAAGCUAGGAAGAGGCUUUCUGGCCAACAAGCUGCUUAAA